AUGUUUGAUAGUCAAGGGAGGAGAUUUAGAAAACCGCCUGCUUGCAGACAGUGCAGGAAGAGAAAAAUCGGUUGUGAUCGUGUUAAACCUAUAUGUGGAAAUUGCUUUAGAUCUGGGAAACACGAUUGUGCUUAUCCGGAAUUGAUUGGAGGUUCAUUCGAAGAUACCGGAUCGGGUUACGAUGAUAAUGGAAGCUCGCAUAAUAAUGGUGGAAGUAGUAAUUUUAACCAAGGUGUUCAAAUAUAUCGUUCCAAGGAAACGUCGCAGUUAUUGAAAGAUAAUCCAGAGUUGGCAUCCAUGGAACAAAUUAGAGAAUAUAACACUAGACAGCAGUUGUUGAAUUCUCAAAACGCGAACAAAAACGAAACACCGAUAUCAUUGGAGACUGCAAAGUUUAUCCCAAGGACGACUACAAAACUGACAAGUUCAAUGAAACAUUUAUUGACUACAAAAAAAGUCAUUUCUGCGAAUGACGACGAUUUGGGAUUGAAUUGGAUUCAAGGUCCAGCAAUAAUGGACUUAUCUCAUUCAAACUAUGUCACCAGAGAUCUCAUAUUGAAAGAAUAUAACUUUAUCAAAUUAAGAUUAUUGGAGUUACAAGAGAUUACAGGUAAAAAGAUUAGAGUGGAUUUAGAUAUGUUAGAUAGAGAUGGAAACAAUAAUGGCACGCAAUCAGAAAGUGAUAAAAGAAGUCCGGAUGGAUCGGCAUCAACUAUGGACAACAAUUCAUCCAUUGGUAAACAAAUGGGAGACAAUUUGGCAGAUAAUCAUUUGCAUAAGAAGAAGAAAAUUAAAUUACUUCAAUCGACAUCGAAUUCGUUCGCUAUGGAUGAGUUAAGUAAUUACGGUAGUGAGCUUUUGGAUCCAAAGGAUCUGUUUACUAUUCUAGACAAUAACUCUGAUAACGGCAUCACUAAUAAUAUGAAUAAUAAUAAUUCAGAAAAUGAAACUAACGACGCACUUAUCAUAGUUGAUAAUCCAAAUUUAUUAUUUUCAACAAAUUACCUAGUGAAAAGAGAUAAGUUCUUGGAAAAUUACUAUAAAAAAAUUGAAAAUGUUGUUGGGGUGAGUUUUAAUCAUUUAUUACCUUCAAUUGUGGAAAACAAUAACAAAAAUAAAUAUUCACAGGGUUAUAAUGAUCAUAUUAGUUUCCCAUCAAAAAUCAUAAUGAGAGAUGUAUUAGAUCAAUUUCAUGAUAUAUUUUCAGCGGAUGAUAUAGCAUCAAUGUUUUUUAUUGAUGAUUUAGAGAGCAUUAACAACAACAUUAAUAAAUUUGGUCGUGAUCCAAAAUUUUCAAGAAAAUCUUUAAAUAUAGAAUCACUGGUUAGUUUAGGUGAAUUGUCAGUAAUAGCUUUACUUGUUCAAGAAUAUAUUUCAUUAAUGGAUGAAAACUCAAUGGGUAAAAAUCUAAAAGAAUUAUUGAAAAAUCUAAUGACCUAUAACGAUUUGUUCCUGAAAAAUAUAUUGCUCAUUAAGAAUAUUUUACCAAAAAGAGAAGGUUUUUUGAACACUCUUCAAUCUUUGCAAUUUUUUAGUUUAUUGCAAUUUUUCGAAAUGAUUUCUGUAAACAACGUUGACUUCGGUUUAACUAAUUAUGAUGAUAUAUUCUUGGCAAGAAAAUUUUCACUAAAUUAUGAGACUGAAAACAUUAAUCUUAACAAAUUCUGGAAUUUUAUAUUUAAAAACUACUGUUAUAGAAACGUAUUGAAAGGUGAUAUACCUGCUAUGGUUAUGAGUAAUGAUUUUAAUACAUCUAUAAUAUCAGACCCUCAACUUUUAACUGACAUUAAAUUAUUAGAAUCCCAAACUAAAUUACUUAAAUAUAUGCAUUUACCAGCUAAUGCCGUGUCAAUAAAGAAAGUCGAAUUAAUGAGGAAUAAUUUGGAGCAUCUUUCAGCUGACUUAAAAAAUAAGGAUAUAUAUAAGGUACUGGAUAGUGGAAUUAAUGGCCCAACGGAAUUUCUCUCCAAUUAUGUCAAUAUGUCUAAGAUGAUCAAUGCAAAAUACAUGCUGCGCUUAGAAUUUAUGUUAUUAUUACAAUACAACAAAUUAAAAGAUGCAGUAAAACUUGAAACAACUAUACUGUCCCUCUUUGGACACAUAACUGAAAUAUUUGAGAAAGUCGCGACAUAUCUAAAUUCUGACUCUGUUCAAACUAGAUUACUCACGUCUAAAUGUUGUUUGAAUAUUAUAGAUGAUAUGUUGAGUUAUUGUAUAUCUAUUUUCCAACAAAUAUUAUUCUCAUUUACUUUACAAUCGACAAAUGCAUCGGUUGAUGAAGCAUCAAAAUUAUCCCUGGGUAAGUGUCUUGAUGAAUUCGGUUUACUAUUCAAAGGUAUUAAAUUUACAUUAGAGGAAGUGACACGCAAAUAUCAACAAUCAACGGCAAUCUUAAGCAAAAUCCUGUGUAGGGCAGUAGUUGCUUUAAAAUAUUGGACGUUAUGUAACCAAGAUUACCAAUCGCGUACUAUUGUUAAUCAGCAUUCUGCAUUUGAUGGCAUCAGCACAUAUGAUAAAUUAGAGGAAGGUAGAAUCAAUAAUAUUGAUGAAAUAUUAAAGAAAUUUAAAAGUGCAAUGAAGACACCAGAAGUUAAUUCAACCGAAGAAACAGCUAGCAAUGAUGCAAGGACAUUAGGUAUUACAGAAAGCAAUGUUUCCGACGUAUAUGCAUCAUUUUUCAUGUAA